UCUGAUAUAAGAGGACACACCAACACCCUUCUUGGAGGCUGCAAGUACGAGAGAUCGAUUCUUCAUUAUCUGAGUCUCUACCGUAUCGGUAAAGGGCGAAAAAGGAAAACACAACUACCUUAAAAGACAAAAAUUGCUGAGAAAAGAGGAAAAAGACAACAACUUUACGAAGAAUGAAAGAGACUACGCGUGCGUUUCAUGCACAAGAAAGAUGGAGCGGAUCAGGGCAGGAUGCUAGGGCGAAUCUAGCAAUGCAAAAGUUUUAAAUUUUGAUCUGAGAUAGCUAAGAUUAUACGAAAAUCUCUUUAUUUUAUUUUAUUUUAUAUUUUUAUCCACAAAAUUAGAUUUUCUGAUUCCACCCAUAAAAGGAUGGAAUGGAAGCCCACAGACGAACUUUGUAUGCGUGCUUUGAGGAGAGAGAGAGAGAGAGACGGUCGGGCCGGGGUUUAAAUUGUAGCCAAAGCUGGGUGCUUACAAGAUAGAGAGGUGGUUUUUUCCUCCUCUUAGUGCAUGACAGUAGGGAAACAUUAUAUAUUAUAAUAUGAUGCAGGUCACCGGAGCUGGGAAUGAUGAGAGCCGGAUUGUUCUGACAAAACCUGUGGCAUUGGAGGGGGAAUCAGAUAUUGAUUACACAGCUCCUAAUCCUCUCCAGCUCGUUUUGAGUCUCUUCAAAAAUGUCAUGCCAGGAUCAGAUCUCUCACGCUUUCAGCUGCCCCCCAUCUUCAACAUUCCAAAGUCACAGCUUCAGUGUUUUGGUGAAUCGGUGUAUUGCAUUGCUACUGAUAUGUUGAGCAGGUGCAACGGCGGCAAGAGCCCCCAUGACAGAUUCAUAGCCGUUACAGCCUGGAGCAUUUCCACUCUGCGUCCUCUGAUAUUCGGUGUGGCUCCUUAUAAUCCCAUUCUUGGAGAGACACACCAUGUUUCAAGUGGGAAUCUCAAUGUUCUUCUUGAACAGGUUUCACACCACCCACCAGUUUCUGCACUCCAUGCAACCGAUGAGAGAGAAAAUGUUGAAAUGAUUUGGUGUCAUCAUCCUUCUCCCAAAUUCCAUGGUACUUCAGUGGAAGCCGAGGUGCUGGGCAAGAGGCAGCUGAAGCUACUAAAUCAUGGAGAAACCUAUGUAAUGAACUCACUGAAUCUAUUGAUCAGAUUCCUUCCAGGUCCUGGGACAGAUUGGGUUGGUAAGGUCAAAAUCCAGUGUCAAGAAACUGGGCUGGAAGCUGAGUUAUGUUUUAGGAGCAAUUCUUUUCUAUGGCGCAGAGGAAAUCAUCGAUCUGUUAAGGGGAAGAUAUUUGACUCAUCAUCCUUGCAGACUGUUUAUGAGAUUGAUGGUCACUGGGAUAGAACUGUCGGAGUGAAGGACAUCAGUAAUGGAAAAUUAACAAUUAUAUACAAUGCAAAAGAAGUCAUUUCAGGAUUGACUGCUCCAAUUGUCAAGGAUCCAAAGGAAGUGUGGCCAACUGAAUCAGCCAUGGUGUGGAGUGAUGUGAGCCAGAGCAUCCUGAGCAAAGACUGGGAGAAAGCAAGAGAAGCAAAGAAGGUGGUUGAGGAGAAACAGAGGGAGCUAUUGAGAGAGAGAGAUUCAAGAGGGGAAACUUGGAUUCCUAAGCAUUUUACAGUUUCUCAUAGCAAGGAAGGUGGGUGGGACUGCUCACCUAUUCAAAAGUGGGUCCCACCAGCACCCAUAGUCGUGCCCCUUUGAUUCAUUGAUUGUAUAGAAUCGUAUCAGAUCAGUUUCUUGCAAACUUUAUUAGAAUUGUUAGUGGCUGGAUCAACCAACCCUGUAAACAACAAAGCGUCACCUGUUUUCUGCAUCAAGUUCCCAAGUACUAAUAGGUACAGAAGUCAGCUAGAAACAUUGGGGGGAUGGCUACAGAAUGCUCAAAACAAGUGGCUGGACUUUCACUCUAUGCUGAAAUUCACGUGAAACAACUUUAUUUGCCUUGUUAAAUAUCUGCCCCACUUAUACCUGAUGAUAAGCAGUUCAUCGCCUUUCUCGUUGGCCAAGUCAAAUGAAUGUAGUCCUUUUCCAAGAACUGCCUAGCCAGGCUAUCUGGAUCUUCUUCUUUUUAAUCAAGUAGUUGAAGUGGGGCUCCUUAAUUCGUUGCA